AUGUUGGCGAUUAUGAGAAACACCUUCCAUGUGUUUUCCUGGAUUCGAUCGAUGUGCUCCAUCCAACUCUUUUUCCUUGCCCUACUGACACUGCAGAACUCCACGGCGGUGAUGUUAAUGAGUUACACCCAACAGCGGCAGGUGACGGACGCGUCGACGCGAUUUCAAGUCUCGCACGUUGUGAUGAUGCAGGAGGUGACGAAAGUGAUCGCCUCGCUCUUGUGGUGUGCGGUGGAUGUUUACUUGGCGGUCCGACUGCACGGCCGCCGGCUGGUGGAGAAGGCCGCGGAGGAAAUGACGGCGGUGGUGGUGCCUGUUCACAUUAACGAGGCGAGCAGUACGAAGCCGAUAGUAUAUGUGGAGGAGAUGCGGAGUAAAAGCGGAGAAACAGCAACAGCAACACCAAGAGGAGGAGGAUUAGAUGUAUCAUCUAUACAUGGGUCAUUUCCACAACCCAGUUCUGCAGAAUUGUGGUUGGAAUUCAAACGACAGUUUUUAGGGGAAUUAUUUAACCCAGGCGCACUGUGGAUGAUGGGACCAGCCGUCAUUUAUGCAAUUCAAAACUAUACACUUUUUGUUGCGUUGGGAAAUAUGGAACCCACAUUAUUUCAGGUAACGUAUCAGAGUAAGAUUCUUGUGAUGGCUGUAUUUAUGUGGAUCUUUCUUAACCGCAGUUUCUCACGACGACAGUGGAUGGCACUCACUCUUCUUGUGAUGGGUGUGGCAACGACGCAGAUUGGAAGUCAACGUGAAUCUUCAUCUAAGAAGGAAAAACCCGUUAUUCAGGGAAGUUAUCUUGUGGGAAUCGCUGCCACAACAACGGCUGUAUUUCUCUCUAGUACGGCGUCUGUACUCAUGGAGGCCAUCUUUAAGGGGAAAACAAGCGCUAUAGAUUCAUUCACUUCUACAAAAAAUGUGCACCUUUCAUUUUAUUCCGUUAUUUGUUUUCUCGUGGUGCAACUAAUAAAUGGAAAUAGCAAUAAUAGUAAUAAUAACACUAACAACGCCAUCGCAAAUGCUGAUGAUGAUCAACCGAUUGGUGCACUCACGCUAUUCUUGAAUGAUUAUUUUCACGGUUUUGAUUGGUUGGUGUGGCUGUUGGUUCUUGUGCAGGCUCUGGGUGGUCUGCUAGUGGCAGUUGUGAUUAAAUAUUCUGAUAAUAUUAUGAAAGCCUUCGCUACAGGAUGUGCUAUUGUACUGAGUGGAUUUUGUUCAGCCUAUAUAUAUUCAUUUAUGCCAAGUCAACUCUUUAUACUUGGCAAUAUUCUUUGCCUCACAUCCAUUGUAAUGUACAGUCGAUAA